GUGAUUGACAGCAGGGCUGUUUUUUGCCGCUUCUCUUGCUGUUGACGGGUAAUAAUGAAGCUUUGUCAGUCCAUCAUGGACAUGGAUAUGCCAGAUUACGUCGACUCCUUGGAUUCCUCUUAUACCAUGCUGGAAUUUGACAACCUUCGAGUGCUCCCCAACAACACUGAAGGGUUUAAUGGUCCCUGUUCUCUGCCCGCAGAGGCCAUCGCAACCGAAUCGGCAAACACCACCCUGCUCGCCAACGGCAUCAGCUCCCUCUGCUCCAUCUGUGGGGAUCGGGCAACCGGCAAACACUACGGGGCAUCCAGCUGUGACGGCUGCAAAGGCUUCUUCAGGAGGAGUGUCCGCAAGAAUCAUGUCUAUUCUUGCAGGUUCAGCCGACAGUGUGUGAUAGACAAAGACAAGAGGAACCAGUGCAGGUACUGCAGGCUGAAGAAGUGCUUCAGAGCUGGCAUGAAGAAAGAAGCCGUGCAGAACGAGCGUGACAGGAUCAGCAUUCGCAGGAGCAGCUAUGAAGACAACGGCUCGCUCUCCAUCAACGUGCUCACUCAGGCCGAGGCCAUGGCACAGCAGUAUUCGUCGCCGAGUCCUGUGCACAGCGCCGACAUUGCUAUGAAGAAGGUUGCAACCAUCAAUGACGUGUGUGAGUCCAUGAAACAGCAGCUUCUGGUGCUGGUUGAAUGGGCAAAAUAUAUCCCGGCGUUUUGUGAGCUCCCACUUGAUGACCAGGUUGCCUUGCUCAGAGCCCAUGCAGGGGAACACCUGCUCCUGGGGGUAGCCAAGCGAUCCAUACCAUUCACUGACUUUCUGCUAUUAGGGAAUGACUUCAUCAUCCCAAUGCACUGCCCAGAACUGGAAAUCGCUCGUGUGGCCACCAGAAUCUUGGAUGAGUUGGUGAAGCCCUUGCGGGACAUCCAGAUCGACGACAAUGAGUACGCUUGCCUUAAAGCCAUCAUCUUCUUUGAUCCAGACUGCAAAGGCCUGAGUGAGCCUGGCAAGGUGAAGAACAUGCGCUUCCAGGUCCAAGUCAACCUAGAAGACUACAUCAACGAUCGUCAGUAUGAUUCCCGAGGCCGGUUCAGCGACAUCCUCCUCCUGCUGCCCCCGCUGCAGAGCAUCACCUGGCAGAUGAUCGAGCAAGUCCAGUUUGUGAAGCUCUUCGGUGUGGCCAGGAUUGACAGCUUGCUGCAGGAGAUGCUGCUGGGAGGAAACACCAUUGAUCUCCAGUACCAGUCAGGACCUCCCAACCUCAACCUGGACCCACUGCCAGGACACGUCCUCCAAAGCAACAUGAGCUCUGUGAUUCACACUGUGCCAGACCCAUCUCCUGAAACAUCCCUUCCAUCUCCUGCAAGCACAGGCAGUGAAGACUAUAAAUUAGGCUCUAGCGCAGGACCCAGCGCUGUAGCGCAGCUCUUGCCUCAGACAGUGAUACCCAAGCAGGAGAUUUUAUAGGGAGAGGUGAAAGGAGAAGCUGGGAGCAAUGUGAGAACCGUGCUGAAAGUGAAACGGGCCCUUUCUCUUUGCAGAGGCAAAGCACAGCAACCCUCUGCCUGUAGCCGGAUCUGUCGGUCACACCCUUUCCCGUCCGUGAGUCAAGCACGAGGUACCAGACUGCAGCAGGAGCCUCACCGCGCGUCUUCCCACCAUCACCAUCCUCGUUUCACCCCCAUUUCAUGGGGUUCAAGCUCUUUUCAGUAGGACCGUGACUGUGAGCUCGUUGGAGCAGGGCUUCCAACCGCAUUCAUUAUCACUUAGCUCGGUGUGAUCACAACCCUUUUAAAGCCUUCGGCUGCUAUCCCCAUGAAACCAAAUGCCUUGCACAGCUCCUGGUAAUUGUUAACGAGUGCAGCGUGCCUUGAAUUGUCAGGAUG